AUGAGAUCAUUCCUUAUCACCAUCAUCAUACUCGUGGCAACAUCGAUUUCUGAAGCACGGCAAGAACCGACACAUUUGGUUCAUGGUUUAUUUGAUAAUUCUGAUCAAACUCACGUUUUUUAUGGAUCUCUCGAUCUAGAUAUUCCACAGUUUAACAUUUUCAACUCAUUAAGUAUCAACGAUGUUGGAGAUCCCAGUAAGGGAAAAUAUCCUGUCACGCCAUUCACUUAUGAUCCAAAUAAUGAUGUUGCAUACAUGGCAGCCCCGAAUAAUCAGAAUAGAACAAUAUUAAGUGUAAUCAAUGCUACAAGUGGUGCUCUUUUAUCCAAUUUUAGUUCAAUUCCAAAUACCAUUGUUUCUCUUCAAUAUGACAUUUUUCAGAAACAAUUGUUUGCACACACGGAAACUGAUAGUGAAAAUGUGACACAAGUUGUAGAAAUUGACACAGCUAGUGGAAAUGUUAAGCAGAUUUUGGGAGCGAUUCGUGGAGCCAAACCAACUCAUAUAUCUAGUUAUUGUCCUAUUUGUAGAAAGUAUUUUCUAAUAGUGUUGCAGGAUCAAGAUUUCGUAUAUCUUGCAGUUAAUACUAGUGAUGGUGGUGGUAUCAGUUGGGAAGCAGUAAUGAAUUUCACUCCUGUUAGUAUGCGAUUCGAUUACAAGACAUUUACGAUGUACACGGCGUACAUCAAUCACACCGACGAUAUCAGUUCUCUCGUUGGAAUUAUAAACAGAACGUUAGGAGGCAUUAGCAAAGUUGUUGGAACAAUUUCUGACGAUCCAAGUCUUGUAGUUACUUCGCUUUCGGCAUAUGAUGUGGCUGAGAAUAUAUAUUAUGCAUCAGAUGUAUUAAGCUGGCCCUACUCUGCAGGAGUCUCGUAUGUAAAUGUAAACACUUCACAAGGAAAGUGGAUUCCUCUCGCGAGAGACAGGUACAACUCUCAUGCAUGGUUUGUAAAACAGUUUGUGCACUAA